AGAAACAAAAGUGACAUGCAUCUUUGUUUUAGUGUUGGGCAACCUGGCUACAACCUAUGUUGACUCGAUUCGCAGUGGCGCUAUUCCUUGCUUAGAGAAUGCAGUUCUUGCACUGGCACAAAUUGAGAACUCAGCUGCAGUGAAUCAGGCUGUUACGUACUACAAAGAGGCCAUGGAAAAAUCUGUGGCAUUCCCCACUGAGUCUGUGAAAGAACUCUCUGAAAUGCAUGCACAAAUUGAAAAGGAGGCAAUUGAGGUUUUCAUGAAGCGUUCCUUCAAGGAUGAAGAAGGUGAAUUUCAGGCUUUACUGACGAAAAACAUAACCUCGUGCUAUGAACAGCUUUGCCAGAAGAAUGAACAAGAGUCAGCAAACCACUGCAAGGCAAUAAUUAUGGAUCUUUUCAGUAACCUGGAGAAGGAAGUUGCAGAUGGACUAUAUUCUCAACCCGGCGGCUACAAGCAGUUCAUAAAAGUUCAAAGAGACUUACUGGAGAAAUAUAUGGCUAUACCUGGAAAAGGAGUCAAGGCCGAUGCAGUACUUCAGGAAUUCCUUAAGUCAAAGGAAGACGUGGCAGCAUCGAUUCUGCAAGCAGAUCAAAGCCUGUCUGAAAAGGAAAAAGAAAUUGAAGCUGAGAGAGCUAAAGCAGAGGCUGCAGCAAUGGAGGUAAAGGUCAUGGAAGAGUCACAAAAGGCAAUGGAGCAGAUGAUAGAAGACCAGCAGAGGACCUAUGAAGAAAAUAUGCGUCAGCUAGAGAAGAAGAUGGAGGAGGACAGGGAAAAGCUACUGGAAGAACAGAAGAAAGCCUUGGAUCAGAAACUUAAGGAACAGCAAGACUUAUUACAGAAAGGAUUCCAGGAGAAAGCUGACAGACUGAGCAAUGAAAUUACUGAACUAAGAAGAGAGCGAGAACAGGCUCGUCAACAAAGAGGUGGUUUAUUUGACAUUUUGGGAAGUGUACUGACAUCUUUUCUACCUCGUGCUCUAACCAAAGUGUUCCGACUUUGAACUUUGCCAGUGGUACAAACCUGUUGUUAAUGACCAGGUCAAACAGAAGAAUGAAAAUAACAUUGGCAAUUUUCAGCUGGACACACACGUUUUGCAAAUAUAAAACAAAAUGGCAACCACCUUAUUUCCGAAGGCCCAAACACAAAUUCAGAGCACAGCAGUAUUCUCAGUGCAUGUAUGUAUUGGGGGAAAGGGUAGGGUAAAUUAUCUGCACAUUUUUAUACUCAGUAUCAUUUCAAUGUACUGGUGUUGAGUCGACAGUAAAACUGCAGUGAUAUACAAGGAGGGGCAGAGAAUCACACUAUAAUGAGGAAAAGGUCACCACUAUUUUCACAAUUCCAAAUACAAGAUACAUUUACAUUUAGAAAACCGAUUCACAGCAGUAUGUUUACUCACUAUUGCACAAUAAUUUAUGAUCUUGCUACUGCAACAUGCAGUAGCAUCCCACCCUUACCCACUCACCAUCUGAAUGGCAGUUACUUGGGUAGGUUCAUAUUACAGCACAAAUUUAGCACAGUACUGAACAUUUGGCUGUCAAUGCUCUCUUUUGAGUUCUAUAUUCCAAGCACUGCUGAUAAUAUUGGUUGCUGUUUUGCUGCAUUUUGCAGAUUCAGUUCUGAUCCAGCUGCCACGCCAGCUGUACAGCAGUCAAAAUCACAGUACAGCAAGAAAUAUCCCAUCCUGGUUUAAUGGUGCAGGUCAGAGAAUGCAUAGCCACGUGCUGACAAAAACAAAUGUUCUGCCUGCUACCAUCCGUCUGUGUUACAUUUGCUAUAUUAUUUAUGUACCAUUACUAAUAAACUCAAUGCAAUUAGUAGUAGUGUAAUAUUUGUUAUUGUACUUCUCAGGCUUGUUUGUCAGAUUUCAAUGUUUUUUCACUGUUUGCUUAGCGAGAACAUCUCUAUUAACACCCCAAUAAAACAGCUAUAUUCUCUGUGCCUACAGUGUCCCACUAGUUAACAAAGACAUUCGCACACAUCUGGAUGGUGCAAACUGUUUACCCAGUCGACCUCAACCAUGGCAGUAGAUGCAUCUUCUUGUGCAUUACCUGUCCUAGUUAGUGCAGUAGAGUACAGGUUAUACCACAGAGGAGCACUGUUGUUAAAGAGGAUGCAUAAAAAGCACAAAAGCAAGUGGUAUAUUUAUACGCAUAUCAGAACAACAAAAGUGUUUUGAAAUUAUCACAACUUGUCUUCUGUCUGCCAUAUUCUAUCAGCAGACAUAUUUAAAAACAAAUUAAAGGUCAGCUUUAAUGCACACAUUUCUUUAACAAAUGGGUAAUGGUGCUGUAUAUGUACCCACCUGCAUAGAAAGGCAUUAGACCUCCUUCUGCCAAAUGCUCAUUUGUUCUACAUGAGAAGAUCUAGUAGGCCAUCACAAAUAUUUUUAUUACACUUUUGUUAUGAUUUUCUUAUAUUUUUAUUACUGUUAUUAACAGAAGAAAUAUCAGCUGUACUGUGAUAGAUUUGGUAGUAAUAUGCAAUAAAAUUGUAAACAGUCA